UGGUUGUGGGGACCGGGGUUGCGCCGGGGAGACCCCGACGCACGUGCGAAGUGGGAGGCCGUGGGCCGGUCGUGAGGAAGCCGCUCCUGAGCCGUCCUUGUCACCGCACCCCUCGCCCCGCCGCCCCUCGGGCCGGGGCGCAGACCGUGCCACCGCGCUCCGCGCCUCCAUCUCCGCGCGCGCCAGCCCGGGACGGCGAGGCCGUCGCCGCCCGCGCAGCCGGCCGGGCCUUCGUGCUGCGCUGCGCGGUGCUGCGCGCCGGAGGCUGCGUUUCCGGCCAAGCCGCAAUGAAGAGCUACUUACAGUGAAAGGAAAGUAGGUCGCGCCCACUGAAAAUGCCUUUAAGGGACAAAUACUGUCAGACUGACCACCAUCAUCACGGAUGCUGUGAACCAGUUUAUAUCCUGGAACCUGGAGAUGCUCCUUUGUUACAGCAACCACUGCAGACAUCCAAAUCUGGUAUUCAACAAAUAAUUGAGUGCUUUCGAUCAGGAACUAGACAACUUAAACAUAUUUUAUUAAAAGAUGUGGACACUAUUUUUGAAUGUAAAUUAUGCCGAAGUCUCUUCAGAGGAUUACCAAAUUUAAUUACCCACAAAAAAUUUUACUGCCCACCAAGUCUCCAGAUGGAUGACAACCUUCCUGAUGUAAAUGAUAAACAAAGCCAAGCCAUAAAUGAUCUCCUAGAAGCCAUAUAUCCAAGUGUGGACAAGCGAGAGUAUAUUAUUAAACUAGAACCCAUAGAAACUAAUCAGAAUGCAGUGUUUCAGUAUAUUUCAAGGACUGAUAAUCCUACUGAAGUCACGGAGUCAAGCAGUAUUCCUGAACAAACUGAAGUUCAAAUACAGGAAACUAGCACUGAACAGUCUAAAACAGUUCCUGUUCCAGUUACAGAGAUGGAAACUGUAGAGACCCCUCCUGUUGAGAUCGUUGCAGAUGAAGUUGCACCUACAUCUGAUGAACAACCUCAGGAAUCACAAGCUGACUUAGAAACUUCUGAUAAUUCUGAUUUUGGUCACCAGUUGAUAUGUUGUCUUUGUAGAAAAGAAUUUAAUUCCAGACGAGGUGUUCGUCGUCACAUUCGAAAAGUACACAAGAAAAAGAUGGAAGAACUAAAAAAGUACAUUGAAACACGAAAAAAUCCAAACCAAUCCUCUAAAGGACGUAGUAAGAAUAUUCUGGUUCCAUUAAGUAGGAGUUGUCCAGUAUGUUGUAAAUCAUUUGCUACAAAAGCGAAUGUAAGGAGGCACUUUGAUGAAGUUCAUAGAGGACUAAGGAGGGAUUCAAUUACUCCUGAUAUAGCAACAAAGCCUGGGCAACCUUUGUUUCUGGAUUCUGUUUCUCCUAAAAAAUCUUUUAAGACUCGAAAACAAAAGUCGUCUUCAAAGGCUGAAUACAAUUUAACUGCAUGCAAAUGCCUCCUUUGCAAGAGGAAAUAUAGUUCACAAAUAAUGCUUAAAAGACAUAUGCAAAUUGUCCACAAGAUAACUCUUUCUGCAACAAACUCUAAAAGAGAGAAAGGCCCCAAUAAUACUGCCAACAGUUCAGAAAUAAAAGUUAAAGUUGAACCAGCAGAUUCUGUAGAAUCUUCACCCCCUUCCAUUACCCAUUCUCCACAGAAUGAAUUAAAGGGAACAAAUCAUUCAAAUGAAAAAAAGAACACACCGGCAGCCCAGAAAAAUAAAGUUAAACAAGACUCUGAAAGCCCUAAAUCAACCAGUCCGUCUGCUGCAGGUGGCCAGCAAAAAACCAGGAAACCAAAACUUUCAGCUGGCUUUGACUUUAAGCAACUUUACUGUAAACUUUGUAAACGUCAGUUUACUUCCAAACAGAACUUGACUAAACACAUUGAGUUGCACACAGAUGGGAAUAACAUUUAUGUUAAAUUCUACAAGUGUCCUCUUUGCACUUACGAAACUCGUCGAAAGCGUGAUGUGAUACGACAUAUAACUGUGGUUCAUAAAAAGUCAUCCCGCUAUCUUGGGAAAAUAACAGCCAGUUUGGAGAUCAGAGCUAUAAAAAAGCCCAUUGAUUUUGUUCUAAAUAAAGUGGCAAAAAGAGGCCCUUCAAGGGACGAAGCAAAACAUAGCGAUUCAAAACAUGAUGGCACUUCUAACUCUCCUAGUAAAAAGUAUGAAGUAGCUGACGUUGGUAUUGAAGUAAAAGUCACAAAAAACUUUUCUCUUCACAGAUGCAAUAAAUGUGGAAAGGCAUUUGCUAAAAAGACUUAUCUUGAACAUCAUAAGAAAACUCAUAAGGCAAAUGCUUCCAAUUCACCUGAAGGAAACAAAACCAAAGGCCGAAGUACAAGAUCUAAGGCUCUUGUCUGCCUGGGGAAGCCGUCGCCCCGCAGCGCUGCCACCCCGCGCUCGGCUGCCCCAGGGAGCCGCUGCCCUUCCGUGGCUGCGGCCGUCACCACGCGCCAGGCUGCCGCCAGCUGCCGCCCUAAGCUCCGUGGGGGCGCUGCCCGGGAGCGCCAGCUUGCUGCCCGGGGCCUACGGAAGCCCGCACCCCCAUGAGUGCCACCUCCUGGCCAUCGGCGGGAUGACGCCAGCACUGUGCACAGCUCCGAGUACCUCAAGCGCUUCACCACAACUCGCCUCUAUGCCCGCCCGCCCUCCAGACCCUCUGUCAUCAGCGAGCUCCCCGGUGUCUGCGGAUUUCACAGACCCCCUCACCCCUUGGCUUUGGUGGAACCUGGUUUACCCCUGAACUCCCCCCGCAGACCCUCAGGAGGACCAUGUGCCUUAGGGCCCGGUGGGUGGGGAGGAUGGUUUUCUUGCCAGUUGUUGCUACUCACAGAGCAUUACAUCCUCAGGCUGCCUGCCAAAAUCCUGACGUCUUUGAGAAUCUUGCCCCUGGACCAGAGAUGUCCAACCUGUGGCCCGUGGGCCUCAUGAGGCUCAGGAUGGCUGUGAAUGUGGCCCAACACAAAAUUGUAAAUUUAAAACUUUAUGAGAUUUUUUUGUGUGUGUGGUUCCAUGUUGCAAUGUAUUUAAUGUGUGGCCCAAAACAACUCUUCUUCCAGUGUGGCACAGAGACGCCAAAAGGUUGGACACCCCUGUGAAUACCAUCCUCUUUCCCUCCACGUAAUUUAUUAACUACCUAGUCAGUUGCUUUCAUUAUUAGUUCUUCAAAGACUAGCUCCCAUUUUAGUCUUUGCCCUCUCAAAUCCUGUCAACAGGUUACUAUCCCCCACCCCUCCACCGUCUGCCAGAAGAUUGUUUUCAUAGUGCACAAAUCCCCAGUGACUGGGGCCACUGACACAAUCUGGAACUGUGUAAUGUAUUACUGUAAUUGAACUUGAACUCCAACAUCCAGUCCCCUCCUGUAACUUCAUCUCCAGUGACCAUUUCUUGGGAAUCAGUCCUUGCUCCCACACCUCUGUACUGCCACCCCAGGGAACCCACUUCUGCUGGGUUUGCACUGAAGUGUGCUUCUCCCAGACUAUCAGCCUAUUCCCAGUGCAAGACUGAGCACAGUGAGGGUAUUAGUGAUGGUCCAUUCAUGUGAAAUGCUGAAUUCCUCUAAUGAACAACUUUGGCGUGGGAACUCCUCAGCAGCCUGGCUGAGACUUUCUUAGAACUGUGUUGCAUGCAGUCUAAAGCCCUUCUUGCCCAAUCCCUGCCUCCUUUCAUAGGUGUCAGACUUGCAUUAUGAUAUGAAGGCCUCCCUUCUCAUUCCUUCCCUUUAUACUCCAGUGUGAUGUUCCCUCAAUAAAACUCUUAUAAGUUGAACCCUGUCUUGGUGUCUGCUUCUAGGGGGACCUGAGCUAACACAUUGUCAGACAUUCCACUCUGAUCACCAUUGUCCUAUCUUGGAUCCCUUGUUCACUGACAGUUAAUUCAUUAAUUUUUCCCACUAUAUAUCAGCCCCUUCUUGGAUUCACAUCCUUUCUAGCCUAGAUCCCAUGGUCCAUCAUUAUAAUCAUCCUCCUUGAAACACAAUCUUGAAACAGCAGUCUUGAAACAGCAGUCUUGAACCUGAAUUUUUUCCAGUUUACUUUCCUAUAAAAUCCCAGUGCUGGAUGAGCUUUACCAUUUGCCUUCCAUGUGCCUGACUGGGAUAAGCAUUUUCUUCUAGAAAAGCACACAAUGCAGCCAACCAGUUUUACUUUGAAUUUGUUAUCUCAAACUUCAAAUUGGUGCUAUCAUUCCUACUAUAGUGUCAGUUUCCCACUUCUAAAACUACUAUUUAUACUUUUUAAUCUCUCCUCAAAAUUUUCUGAUCCCUUCCUCACAGUUUACUUCAGAUUUCACUUGGGAAAUAGAAGAUACUACAUUCAAACUUCCAAAUCUUUCACCAUAAGACCCCUGCCCCCACUCCAGGUACCUUGGUAACCAUCUUCAUCCUUUUUUUGACUGUGGAGGAAGUUUCAGAGAUGAGUAUCUCCUCUUGAGCUCUGGAUCCCUUCCCCCCUUGCCUUUUCAAGAACUUUUCUCCUUAGGUUAUCCCCUUUCUUCUGUACCAUAAAUCUGUCUCGAAUGAAUCAUUUUCAUCAGAUUGCAGACAUGCUCCAGUGUCCACCAUCUUAAAUGGUCACUGGAGAUGAAGUUACAGGAGGGGACUGGAUGUUGGAGUUCAAGUUCAAUCACAGUAAUGCAUUACACAGCUCCAGUGUCCAAGCAUCCCCUUGUGUACAUCUCUUCCAUCAGUGAUAUUUCUCAGCUCGCUUUCAUAACCAAAUUUCUUUAUGGAAUUAUCCUUAUAUAUUGCUUUUAUUUUUUAAUCUUCUAUCCACAAUGUGAUUUCCCCAUCACACCACUGAAAAUGUCAUUGUUAAGGUCACCAGUCACUUCCAUAUUACCUUCUCCAAGGGUAUUUCCUGUCCUCACCUUGAUUAGUUUUUGCUUCUUCAAAUGUUUUCUCUUCAUAUAUAAGGCAUGAUUCUCUCUUGGUUUUCUUCUUCCUUCACUGAUCACUCCUCAGCAUUAAGCUACCUAUUUCCUACCUAAAUUUGAAAAGUUGAGGUUUCUCACCGUCAUUUGGGACCCCCUUUUCUUUCUCUGUUCUUUCCCAGGAUGAUCUUACCAGUUUUUGUGGAUUUAAGUGUGCAUUUAUGCUAAUGAGUUUAAAAAUUUUUCCACUUUGAACUUUUCUAUAAGUUCUAGACUCAAAUGUCUAAUUGCUUGCUCAAUAUCUUCCUUUGGAUGAUACAGAUCUCUGAAACUUAACAUGUCCACAAUUUAAUUCCUCAUUCUCACCCCAAACUUGUUUCCCCCAUUUUUUCCUUAAACAGUAAAUAGCACCACCAUCCAACCAUUUGCUCAAGCUAGAAACCUAGGCGUCACCUUUGAUUCUUUUCAUGACCUCUCCUACAUUAAGUAGACCAGCAUAAUCAAUCUGUUUUAUCCUCAAAUAUAUCUUUAGUUUCUCUGCUUCUUUCCAUUUUUUCAGUGUUAUCACUCAAUCCUCAUCAAUAUUUUUUUCUUACCUGACAGCCAGUCUUUCCUGGUCUCUGCUCCUGCUCCUUGACCCAAGACCCACUUCUUUAUAGAGUAGCAACAAUGACCUUACUCAUAAAUUGAAUUGAGUAAAGUGUUGCUCAUAAGAUAAAAUCUGAACUCCUUAUGUGGCUCAUAGAGUCCUGCAUAAUCUGACCCUUUCCUAUAUCUCGAAUCCCAUGUAUGCUGCUUUGUUUAUUGCCCAUGAUGCAGCCACACUACUUCCUUCCUCCAGCAUGCCCAGACGGUUCCUGCAGCUCACAGGCUUAGUAAAUGCUGUAUCUCUGCUCAAGCUUCUCUCCUUGGCUAUCCUCUUCCCCAUCGCAACCUUGUCUUUUAGAUAACAGUUUAAAUACAACAUCUUAAGAAAGGCCUGCCAAGAGCAUUGAUUGAAAGUAGCUUCUGCCCUCCCAUUUACUAUCUCAGUUCUUUACUUGGAUUCCUUAUCUCAAUUUGUAACUUUAUUUAUUUGUUUAUUUACUCUGUGUGUGUGUGUGUGUGUGUGUGUGUGUGUGUGUGUGAAGAGACCUUGUCUGGAUGUCUAGAUUUUUCAACUUUGUAUUCCCAGCCCCUAGAACAAUAUUGGCACAUGUUAGGUGCACAGUAAAUAUCUGUUGAAGGAAUGAACAAACAAUCUGCUAAUUUUUCUUUUGGGAGUUCACUUUUUAUUGAUUUGUAAGAGCUCUUUAUAUAUUACAACCACCACCAUUUGUUUAUUCUGUAUGCUGCAGACAUUUCCCCCCUUGUCAUGUAUGUAUCAAUUUAAUUCAUGAUGUCUUUGAUAUACAGAAAUAUUACAUUUUUCAUUUAGAUAAAUUUAUCUUUUAUGAUUUCUAUUUUUUGGUGAUAUGUUUUAAAACACCUUCUCCAUCUCAAUGUUAAAUAAAUCUUUGUCUAUGUUUUCUUUAAAAUUUUUUAGAUUUAAAUCUUUACUCCAAAUAAAAUUUAUUUUUGAUAUAGAUGUGAUUAAGACUCUAAAUAUUUAUUUAGCUGAUACAUCAUUUAUUGAAAACUCUUUCUUCCACUGUUUUGAAAAUUCCAUGUUUAUCAAAUAUUAAAUUCUUACAUAUA